GCAAGCGAAGAUUUAAAAUGAUCAGUUUCGACUAAAUUCGUUUACAUUCGUAAAAAGCUUAGAAAUUUACUUUCUGAGAUGACUUCGACUUUUAAAGUUAUCUUACUAGCAGUUACACUCAUUUUGAAUUCAUUUAGAGUCAUCGGCAUUUGUUCCAAUCUUCCUUCGAACUGGGCACCUCAGAACAUUGCCACAAGGGCAACAGCAUCUCCAGCAAUUGCUUAUGUUAAAGUUCGAGAAAUAACCAAUCGAAACGUGGAACUAUGGGGAAAUACAUAUUCCGCCGUGGUCGACUUAAUAUGCAAUGUUAAAGCUGACCGAGGAAUAAUUCUUCCCCUGGAUUUUACCAUAGAAAAAAUGGGGGCCCAACCCAACAACUGCCCGCUAAGAGAUGUAGUUGCAGGAAACAAUUAUAUUAUUUUUCUUGAUCGUGGACAAGUGACACCGGGAGUUUUCACACCGAUCGCGGUUAAUCAGGAACAAUGCGUAUUUGAUGAUUCGUGGGACAACUUACAGGCGUUGUCAGUUCAACUACAGCAUUGCUUACUUUCGGAUGGUUGUCUCUAUGUUCCGCCGGACUGGAAACCUCUUCCAGAAAACGAGAGAGCUAAAGAUGCAGAAAUAUUUGUCAGAGCUAAAAUAAAGAGCAUUCAUUAUUUGAAUUCAAGUCCAACAACAUACACUGCAGUUUGCGAAUUAAUAUGCAAUAUGAAGCAACCAUCGAAUAUGAAAGCAAUGCCCAAUACUUUCAACGUUACCAGCCUUGGUACAGCUGUCGGACAGUGCGCGGAACAUCACGUUACUCCCGGAUUUGAGUUUUACAUGUUCUUGGAGCGGCAUUUUCCAUUUUUUCCUCUGCCAGGUUCCACAAUUCCACCUCACAUUCUGGAUCGAUAUAUGCUUGGAGUUCAGGAAGUUAACUUACAACAAGGCGUAAUGAACGUAACUGACAAAAUGGACGAUGUGUUUAAGGAAUAUACCAUAAGUUGUCCGAGUUAUGCCUAUCGUAUCCAGUAUUCAUUGCAUACAACCGCGUUAUUCUUAACUUUGUGCAUUGUAUUAUUAUUGUCCUAAGCCUUUCGUUAAAAUGUACAUCGAUAAUUUUAAUUAUUACUCAUCAUUAAGUUAUUAUACACCAUGUAAUAUUAAUUACCAAAAUUGUUUAACUUUGAACUCGUUCUUCGACUUUUUUUAUCUUUGUGUAAGAAUUGUGAAUUAUAAUCCAAAUUAAAAUAUAUAUCGAGGAAUCUGAUUUUAAAUGUAGCCUGUAUAAUAUCUCGACGAUUUAACGGUUUUAGUCUUU